AUGGCCGAGACAGAUCAACGUUCGACUCCGAAUGCGGACUCCGCGGCGAGGCUGAUUCUGGAAGCCAUCCAAUCCGCAUUGCAGACAGUGAUAAUCGAUGGGACGCGAUAUGCUAGCGACCUCAAGGGGACUGAGAAGAUGAUCGAGAAGACCGAGCAAAACUUGAAAAAAGAGCCGAACAACGAAAUCCUCUUGAAGGAACAGGAACGCAAAAAAGCCUUCCGAGAUGAAUGUCUGGAGAAGAUCAAGAAUGUCUCUCAUCAGGUCGCUCAACAACUCUAUGAAGUCUGCCAACAAUCAUUCUCCGAAUCUUCCAAAGCUCCGUCCAGGGAGCCCGACCCUCCGUCUGGCCAGCGACCCCCUGAUCUUGAUCGCCCUUCCCAAAAAGAACUCGAGACCUUAGCUGAUCAUACGAGGAUACUGGAAAAGCAAAUCAAAAAGAGCGAAGAAGAGGUCGAACGACUGCGUGGUGAACAUCGUCAAAUGAUCGAAAACCUCCAGCAACAACUUGCCGCCCAAGAUAAGGAGAUUCGAAUAAUCAAAGAACUCGUCCAGUCCUCAACCCCAGCCCCUCAGUCUCGGCCAGUAUUAGCUACAGAUGCGAUGGCGAUCGAUGACGAGACCAAUCCUAAGGAAGAGAGCCCUAAUCAGUUGACGGAACGCCCGCAUGAUCCACCAAGCAAUCCACAGAUUCACAGCCAUCAGGCUGCUAUCAAUCAAAUGAUCAUCGAGAUCACCAAUCUGAAAGCCAAUGUAGUCACCACGCUGACCGAAGAGAUCCCCGGCAACGUCCAGCGAGCCGUCCGCAUGAUGCAGCAGGAUGUCCAAUCGAUCCUUCAGACCACGAACAGUAACUACAUCAAACACCUCACCGACCUUGUCCGAGACUUGGUAGAGGGCUUCGAAAGCCGUCUCGGCGCCCUAGAAUCUCUUGCCAAGCAACUCCCUUCAACUAGCACCCCUAACCCCUCAGGCAAACUCUGCCUCACAUCAGCCCCCACUGAUACCCCCUCAAACUCCACCUCCACUACAAAAGAUCCACGCCUCCUCGUUCGUCGAUCCGCAGUCCAAUCCUCUGAAAUUAAACCUGCUGAAAAUGACUCCGCAACCAGCUGUAAAACUCAAUAA